CUUUGCUACGCCCCCUCAGGCUUUCACCCGCACUGGCAAGACGACGUAGAAAUGGAUGCCGAACACUAACUUCUCGAACGCCAAUCGUCUCAAGAGUCAAUUCGUGAUGAACGGCAUUCUAGGCGGCGUCCCCGUUUUGAUGUCCGCGUCGCGCAUGCAUAUAAAUUGAUGCGUCUGACAUGCAAAAUUUCGACCCUUCGACCCUCUAUGCGGGAUUUCCCGCCUGAGCUGGUGGAAUUCACGCUCGACUUCCUCCACGAUGACCGCCAGUCGCUCGUCCGCUGCAGCGAGGUGUGUCGCAGCUGGGUUCCGCCGUCCCGCUUCCAUCUCUCCUCGCUCGUCCUCCGGCUGCUCAGCUUCUGCGGGUCGUCCGCCCUGACCAACGCUCCCAAUCACUCCGACACGUGGCUCCUCGACUUGCUGUCCAGUCCCUUGUGCACCUUCGCGCCUUUCGCCGCCCGCCGUAUCUGCAUCUGCUCCGUCAGCUCGGCUGCAGCGCUACAGGAGCUCGACAGAAGCAAACUAUCGCGCUACCCGGACUCGGUGUUUGCGUACGCCCGCGCGCUGCACCUGAAGAGUUCACUUUGGGAUGCGGACAUGGCGGCCAUCGCCGCGGGAAGCAAGCUCAAUCCCAUGACGUGCGCGAAUCUGACGGAGAUGAUCUUGUCGUGUGUUUGGUUCCAGUCAGUGCGGGACUUCACGGCCCUGCUUGCCUCGUUCCCAGGCAUCAGGCGCUUGCGGUUGGACAGGGUCCAUUGGAGGGAUGUAGAGGAAGGGCGCUUGGUGGCACCCAGCAUUGAGUGCACGAGGGAUCUGAGAAUCCUGCAUGUGGACUAUGGCUGCUCCCGUGUAGUCGAUUUCCUGCGCCAUCUCAAACCCGGAGCGCUCCCUCACCUAUCCGCAUUCCACCUCAAAUCGGCGGACGUGGAGCUUGAUCCGUCUCUCGACAUGACAGAGUUCAGUCCCGUGUUCGCUCCUGCGCUAGAGCAGGUCGAAGUCGGCUUCUAUGUGCUGAACCCAUCCAGCCUCCGCAAAUACCGGGUCAACUUGUCCUGCAAUACGAGCCUGCGCAGUCUCCAUCUUAGUCAGAUACAUCUGCAAGGUCCCGGGUCUUCUAUCACUGACCGCGACUACGUCGACUGGAUCACAGCGAUUCUCUCUUCCGUCCACUCAGUGUUUAUCCAAAACAUUAGAUUCGGUAUUUGGAUGAACGCUGCGGAGGAUCUCGACAGCCUUAACUGGACUGAGAUCGGCCGGACUUUGAGAUCAGCUGCCUUCGGUACCCUGCAGCUCGUACAGAUCGAGCUGUUCGGGCUGUGGUGCACGGAUGAGGAGAAGGAACACACAGAGAAGCGGGUGUCGGAAGGUUUGGGCACAGGGAUGGUAUACAAUUUGACUUUCGUUUGGCAUUGAUUCGGCCAUCGCAUGGCCGGUCAUACUUAGAACUCUUGUUAUAAUAUAGCAGUAGGCACCACUAAUACUGAGACUUGGAAACUUCCCAGCCCGUUUCAGACGGAGACGGAUACUAGCCAUUUAUUCAUGACUUCGGAUUGUGCCAGAAUCCGGAUCGCGCCAGAACUAUAGUUGGUGCUUGAUCUACGGAGAAGCCAAACUGCAGAACAAUAUGUUGCUAUCAAGGAUGACGAGGUUUGUGGAUUGUCAGUCAUGUGACCGUAAACCUUUUCAGCAUGGGGCCUCUCUCUCGGUCACUCUUUAUCCCACCGGCCGUUACCAGGUCGGAGCCUUCUUUGUCAAAGUCUUCGCCUCCAGUGGUCGAGAAUUGACAGCUAGAACUGAUAAUCCCACGGUACACCCUCCAUUACGUGUUAUCGCCAAAUAUCGUCGAUCCAUUGUCGUCCCAAACAGGCAGACCAAUGACAGGCUCUCACAGGCCUUCUCUUUUCGACCAGUCUUCAGCUCAGACCAGCCCUUCCUUGAUUCGUAUCAUUCUCUGCACGCCUCUUCAAAAUGCCAGCAGCACGGUCCGCCGAUGACGAUGAACCCUCCAAGACAUCCUUGCCGUCCAACGUGAAUGAUCCUGUCGUAAAUGCCCCUGACUCUGUCGAAGCGCCGGACAACGAACCCUCCUCGACAUCUUUGAAAUCCGGUGGGGAUGAUUCUGAUGUGGAUGCCACUGGCUCUGUGGAAUCGGAAUCGGAAUCGGAAUUGGAGCUCUCCGCGUCUGCAGAGAAUCCAGAUCGUCAACUUUGCAAGAGCAAUUCGCGUCGGGGUCCGAACGGCCAUGUUUGGGCGCACAGCCGGCAAGACAUCUUCAGUCUAUCGAGAAGACUUUGGUCAAUCAGCAUGAUCGAAGUCGCUGAUCGUGAAUAUCCAAGCGAGAAGCCCUUCUCUUCAACGGUGCACAGACACGGCCGGGAGCCCCCUCUCGAGCCAGAGCCUGAGCCACGAAAAAUGCGUAUGUGGCCUGUGCUGACCGUAGAUGGGGACAUGGAGAGUGUGCCCGACGAUCUGCGCGAUAUCAGGGACCCAACCGUGCCGAAGGAGAUCCCUGAGUCAAGCUGGAAUCGGACGCCGAAGCUGACACAACGUAUCCCGCCCGAGAUGCUGCCCGAAAUUCUGCGCGUGAAGGAUCGCAAGGACCGCCUGGGGUCCGGCGCGGAGAACUCGAAGGCGGGCAGACUCAAGUAUCAGCGCGUCUAUCCCAGACCAGACCAGUCCAUCGACCCGGACGCCCCCCGCACGCAAGCCUCCCUCGAGUUCCCCGCCGAAUGCGACGUCAUCGGGACCGGGCAUCAUGCCACCGUCUUCCGCGCAGACAUCACCUUCGAAGCGCCGUUCCGCCUCGUUGGAAGCUCUGGCCCUCCUAAGGUCCGUCUCACGGCGAAGAUCACGAACGACGCGAAGGACGACCGAGAUAUGCUCGAGCAUGAGGCACGGUUAUACCCCCGCUUCCCGGAUCAUCUGAGUGAGGACUGGUCGGGAUUCAUUGGGGUAGACAGCAUGGCUGGGGAAGUCUGGGACUACGGGCCUAUCCUUCCUCCUUGCGCGGUCGUUCCCAAGUUCUACGGCUACUAUAUUCCGGUACCGAGUGAGGAUGCAGACAACACUCAAGUCGGAAGGCCGUUUUUGCUGCUCGAAGACUGUGGCAAGCGUAUUGCGCCAUUCCACUUCGAUAAUGACGAGAGGCGCGUGAGCAUCUGUAUAUCGUUCGCACACCGGCUCUUCGACGAGCACGAUUUCAUCCAAGGCUCCUACUAUGAGCGCAACCUGCUCGUCCAACCCGGCCCCUUGACGCAUCCGCCGCAUAUGCGUUCGAAAAAGACACCCUCGUUUCGGCUGAUCGACUUUGGUCGCGCCUCGAUCAAGGCCGACUAUGGGGGUAGCGAGUGGGGGUGGGAUGACGCCUUCCACGAUGAGCGACAGAUGGUCCUGGACACUGUGCUCGGCGAGGUGCAAACCUGGAAGUCGGGCUUCGAGAAGUGGUACUGCGGUGUGCAGGAAGAGUGGCCCAAUUACUAUACGGACCGGGUCUACUGCAUCCCGAAGAGCUUUUGGACGGGCUAUGGUAUCAUGAGAGCCCAUCGGAAAGACGAGGAACAUUGGUACGAUAACGAAUUCAUCCCAGUGCUACUUCGGGUUCCGGGUCUGAACUCUAUCACGCGCUACAAAGCCGCGGACUCUGAGACCCCCACAUGGGUUACGAUGUAUAAUUUUGGGCCGUCGUCUGAGCCCAUCACUACCGAGUUCUUCGCUCCACUGCUUGCGGUGGCCUCUGCCAACAAGACUGCGGUCUCGGCGAACACAGUCAAUGUCAGCCGGUUCAUGUACAAGCACGUAUCGACUUGGACGGCUCCUGGACUGGCCUCCGAGGACGUACCCAGCAAAUUUAUUCUCAUUGCUGCAUUGGACGUACUGCCAGAAAACGAAGAGGAUUUCAAUCGGUGGUAUGCAGAGGAACAUACCGAGAUGUUGUCAAGAGUACCGGGCUGGAAAGAGUGCCGGCGUUACAAGACUCUCGAGCACAAGCAGAUAGAGACCCCAAUGACCGUUUCGAAGCCCACGUGCAACUACAUUGCGAUCCACGAAUUCGACAAUGGAGCGUUCCUUGAGACCGUCGAGUUCCAGCAGGCGGUCACCACGGAAUGGAGCGAGCGCGUCUUGGAGAAGUGUGGCACGAAGGAGAAGAGGGUGCUGGCCUUGCAUAAGCAUUAUCGGGUGUAGUUAGCAAGCCUACUAUAGUGCAGCGAAGUGAAUGUAAAUGAACUAUCUUGAUCACAGCAUGUGUCACAUUCUGCCCAUCUUGUCAUGUACCUCGACCCGACUUUAGGUGACGACCAACGUGAAUCAAGGAGGCGAGGGAAUUGGCCGUUCAAGAUGAAGAUGGCAGCACCCGGAAUAUAGGCUUAUCUAAAGCGAUACGGAAGGUCUGGAUUUUGGAAACAGGCGUCAAAUGGGGUCUGGGCAAGGACAGGCGGUUGACGGUUUUCGUCGGCUGAAUAUACGAAUCGCACAAGGCACUUGGCUCUCAAGUUGAUGACUAUGACUUCAGUCCAUGGCGUACUCCACCACCUGCACCCCAGAACUGACACGUUGCGGGGCAUCAGCCCUGGCCCAGACCAUAUAACCCAACUUCUCGUCCUCUAUGCGCCCUACCCAGUCUACGAGGAUACUAAUCACCAGUUAUCCCCGAGUCGUCUUGCGAUAAAUACUAUCAUAGACCAUCGAUUCCGGUGCUGCCCAAGACUCCACGUCUGCCUCAUCGUGCAGUCCCAUUACUCGCUGCAAAACUACUUGCUCACAAACUCCGACGCUAUGAUGCGCAACAGCGGCUCUUCCGGAACCAUCCUCAAUCCUCUCGGCAUUUGCUGCGCGACUCAGCAGCGAUAACCGCAGCGACUGUUGACCGGUGCAUCAAUCGGCACGCCGGUUUGACCCAAUGGAUAACCUAGGAAGACUUGUCCGACACAUCGCUCGGAACUUUGAUGGUCAUUUCUGAGACCAUAUGACAUCUUACUCGGCUGGGGAUUCCACAUACAUCAAACAAUACAAUGCUCAUAUCGGAUACAGGCGACGCCGAACAAGUUCACCACCCAUGCUUUGCCCCACCUUCCUUCUUCCUCGCCUUCUCCAAUUCCGCGGCUGCGACACUCGCGUGAGAGAUGCCGUCACGAUAUGGAGCUGAGCGCGCUGGGUUGGCGUUCGCCGCGCGUGUCGACCUUGGAUCGAAGGCCCCGUAGCUCUGUGGAUGUCCGGCGACUGGUAUUUGAGGCGGACCUGCAGAGCACAUGUAGUGUGGUGCCGGUGCGAAUGCUGAUUCCGCUGGCCAUGCGGAAUAUGUCGUCCGGCUAGACUCGCUGGCAGUGGCCCAAUCCCUUGUAGCCCGGCUCACCGUUGACUUGAAUGAAACAGUCGUCUCGGAGCAGAACGAAGAUGCAGAGGAUAUGCUCGACGCGUAGGACCAAAGGGCCGGUCCGGUGGAGCUGGGGGCGACUGUCGCCGCGGUUGAUGGAGUCAAAGGCGCCCUGUACCUCAUCCGCGUCACAUGGUCUGCGAGCGGCCCGGGUGGCGUGGUCCGACUGCGAGAUAUCUGGGGUCCAGCGUAUCGCUUUGCUUCGGAGACGCCAAACAGGACUUUCUCGCUUCCCGUCGACCCACACUCCCAUGUGUCACCUCCCACAGAAGCGUGGUCGCUUCCAGGAGCGGUCUCGCCCUCUUUGGAGACAUCCACUCGUGGCAGCAGCAAAUGUCUGAAGAAAGACUCUGGCGUUAAGCAACCGGAUUCCUGAGUAGCGGAGAUGGGGAUUUGUGUGCCUGUGGGUGUGGGUGUGGGAAUGGGGCGAGGCUGCCCAGGGGACGCUUGCUCUCGAUAGCGCCGUGGAUCAUCUUGUGAUCCUUGCAUGUGGUGCGGCGAGCGUCUGCUGUGGGAGAUCUGCGCAGGCCCUACAGGCACCGCAUUCUUUUUCGCUAGCUCUUGCGCAGCGAACUCCUUCCAACUUCGGUUCAUCUGGUCCCCGUAUUCACGCAACAGCCCCACCAUCUUCUCGUAAUGCUUGUGCUGAAGCACCUUCUGCUUGGCCGGGUCCGAAGCAAUCUUCUCAUCAUAUAAUGCCAGGAGCAACUCGGUAUCCGCGUGGAAAGCCAUGCAGUGGAAGCGCAAGAGCUGUUCAAUCCGAGUGGGAAAGUCCAUCUCGAGGAACUUGCGAUGUGCAUCGGGUUUCUCGUUUCUUUUGCCCAUGAGGAGGACUCGUAGCAGGGUGGGACUGUAGUACUUGUUCUUUGAUGGGUGUUCCUGGAUGAAAUUCCGUAUUUGGAUGGCGACAUCCUGGAAGAUGGGGAUCAGCAUGAUUAUCCGCUGCACGGAUGUCAUCGUGCGCUCCAAUGACAUGCAUGAUAUCUUCCUCGACGAACGCACGGAACUUGUCCUGUUCUUUCUGAGCUUUGUCGCAUAAGGCCAUCACCUCUUUGAAGCAUCCUUUGCCGACGAGGGUUGCUAUGUGGCUGGCCAGCUGCGUGUGCUUGUCCCGGAGGAUCUCCUGCAGCCGACUGUCCAUCUGGAUGCGAGCUUGGGCUGUCAGCAGGUGCCGCCGUGCUUCUUCGUUCGCAGCCCAUCGGUUAUCGAAGGCAUUCAUGUUGUGCAGUGUAUCGUUGUUGGUCGCGCAAGUCCUGUGGUCAGGGAGGGGGCCAAGUGCAAGGCGCUGACGCCGUUGACUCCCUUGAAAUAGCCAUGGCUGCCUUGCGCGCCUAACACUAUUCAGUCCUGUGCUUGUCUGUACUCAAGCGCCCGUCGAUUGUUCCUCUUCUGGUGUUCGGUCUUUCCUUAACAUGGGAAAGACGGCCACACCGGCUGUUGGCCCACGUCGUACUCAUAGUUGAAGCUUUGAGAUCGUACGAGACAGGUGCUUAGCGAAUAUUUGGACUUGGUACAUUCUUAAGGCUCCCCGAGCCGGGCGCACUCGUAUCUUCCACUGAGCGAUACAGCUAUUGCUGUGAGAAACGUCGCCUUCGUGUGAACUCGGAGAACUGAUUCUCCGGACGAAGCUAUUGAACGUGGAGUGAGAAAUGAUGUACAAGCUCUCCGAAGAAGUCGGAGCUACCUUAAAUCCGACUCGUUCAUGACUGCCAAGAAGUAAUACUUAUGAGUGUGGUUAAUAUGGACUACGAGCAGCCAGGCCCUUGCUAGGUCACUAUUAUUCAUAUUCGGGGUGUGGAGCUGCAUGGCGCGAUGGCCGAGUGGUUAAGGCGACAGAUUCGAAUCACCCUUAUCUGUUUCGG